AGAAGGCGUCGCGCUUGAGAUUGAGGAGUCAUGGCGGCGUCUCGUGUGUCGAAGUACACUGAACGUGGUGAUCCCAGUAGCGGCUCCAGUAGCAGUUCCAGUAGUGAGGAUGAGUCGGAACGGCUACGGGAGGCAACAUGGAGCUUUAAAACCAGUGAUUCUUCUGCAGGGAAGAAUUCAGAUGAUGGGCCGACUUCAUCAGGGCGCAGCUGUGGUAAAAGAAAGGAAGCUGAGGAGAACACAGGUAACGAGCUGCAGACAACUCCAGAAUUCCGCUGUCAUGUUGCCAAGAAGCUGGGUGCCAUGUUAGACAGCUGUAUCGUUGUGACAAGUAAUGCCGUGAAAGGGAUUCCUCUUCAAAGACCUGCCAGUGAUGAAGGUUUCCGCUUGUUUUCCACCUCAGUUUCAGAAGAUGUCAAGGUUACAAGUCAUCAGCAGGAGGCCAGGCGCAGGCCUGCUGUCAGCUCCAGUGAUUCUGAAGGUGAAUUAGAGAGCAGGCUGAUAGAGGCAGCAGUCUCCGGACAGGACAUUCUCAAGCACAGUGUCAUCGAAAGGCAGAGGGCAACACCUAAUGGAGGAGAUGCUACAGUAUCAGAAAGCAAGGAAAAGAAAAAAAAGAAGAAGAAAAAGAAACAGAGACAGGAGGAAAGUGGGGCAGGGAUUUACAUGUGUGGCAAAGAAGAUGAAGGGGCCACUAUGGAAAAAUGCUACUACAGCACAGACACAUUUCACCAGAGAGAUGUUACAAGUGACAGGCAGAAUCCAAAAAUGAAAAGCAAGAAGAAAAAGCUGAAAACGGUGCAGCAGGAGCACAUGGACUUGUGACGGGGACUCAGGCAGCUUGAAUAUAAAGGUGUACAGGGAAUUUAAUAAAGGGGAUAUUUUGUAAA